AACAUUAAAUGAUUUUGCUUAGCGAGAUGAUAUAUAGCGGUCACCAUAGGAACUGGUACAUUGUAUACGAUCACGGUAAGACGAUAUAUUACGGUCGCCAUAGGAACAUGUGCAUUGUGUACGUUAAUGAUGAGACUAUAUAUUACUGUCGUCAUAGGAACAUGUGCAUUGUGUACGUUAAUGAUGAGACUAUAUAUUACUGUCGUCAUAGGAACAUGUGCAUUGUGUACGUUAAUGAUGAGACUAUAUAUUACUGUCGUCAUAGGAACAUGUGCAUUGUGUACGUUAAUGAUGAGACUAUAUAUUACUGUCGUCAUAGGAACAUGUGCAUUGUGUAAAAUAAUGGAAAAACGACAUAUUACAAUGUAAGUUAGAUAACAAUUAUAACUAGGUCAGCAAGAAGCUCACCAGACUAGAAAAGAGGACAAAAGCGUAUCAUCAUGUCUACCGACACGAGACUACACGCACUUGUCAGGGAUGGCUUCACUGAUGGUGCCAGGUACGACAAGCAUCGACCUACUUACACUGAUGAGUCGAUUACAUGGGUCCUCCGUAAGCUUUCUACAAACUUCGAGGGUCUACAUGAAGAUGACUUGAGUUCUUCAGAAUGUGAUAUAUUGGAACUAGGAGCUGGAACCGGUUUGUUCACAAAGUCCCUGUCUAAAAUGAUUCCUGAGGGGAGGAAAUUUAUAUCUUCCGAACCGAUGCCAGACUUCUUCAGUACAUUAAAGAGAAAUUGCUUAACCGUCGAAACUAAACAAUUUCCCGCCGAAUCAAUUCCUCUCCCAGAUAACUCCGUUCAGGGGAUUGUGGCCGCCCAGUCGUUUCAUUGGUUUGCCAAUGAAAAAGCAUUAUCAGAAAUGCUAAGAGUGUUAAAACCACGUGGAAAUAUUGUGCUGAUAUGGAAUAUAGAAGACAGGCGGACGGAUUGGGUUAAGGCUCUACGUGAAGUAUACAACAGGAGAGAGUUAAUACCGGAAACAGUUAGUUACUACACCUUCAAAUGGAAGGAGGUUCUCAACAAUGAUGGAGGCAUUGCGCACCAGGAAAGUAAAACGCUGGAUUAUCCUUCACAAGGAUAUACUGCUGACGGUAUAGUUGAAAUGUACUCAACUUUGUCUGGUAUAACCCAGAUGUCACCAGAUGACAAACAGUGUAUCCUGGCGGAACUGAGGGAUUUACUUAGAACUCAUCCGGAUACGGCUGGGAAGGAGACACUUUAUCUUCCCCGUUACACAGAUCUGGAACAUUAUAUAAAACUUUGAUUGAUAUAUCACUUUGCUUCAUUGUUGUCGGCUUCAUUAAACAGCUGAAAGAGUG